UGUGAGCUGCUGCUGUCUGCUCUGACUGUUUCUGCAGCCUCUCUGACCGUCACUCCAAACCUUCAGCAGUUCUUUGUAGGAGCCUCAGUGUCUCUGAGAUGUGAAGGUCAGGUGGGCUCUGAUGGAUGGACACUGAAGAGGGACACGGGAAGAGGGACUGAGUCAUGUGGAGCAGGUGGGCGGGGCUUAAAUGGUUCAUCCUGUUUGCUUGAUGUGUUCAAGCCAAUCAGUGGAGUUUACUGGUGUGAAGAUAAAGCUGGAGAGAAGAGUGAAGAAGUGAACAUCACUGUAUCAGAUAAAGAUGUGAUCCUGGAGAUCCCUGCACUUCCUGUGAGGACAGGAAGUGAUGUCACUCUACUCUGCAAAAAGAAAAGUGGCAGCACAGUAGCAGCUUAUUUCUACUUUAAUGGACGUCCUAUCAGACCUAAAACAGAGCACAGCAUCAAUAUUAACGUGCAGCAGUCUGAUGAAGGUCUCUACUGGUGUGCUACUGAUGAGUUUGGAUCAUCUCCUCAGAGCUUUCUGAGGGUCAAAGGUCAGAAAACUGAGAUCACUUCCUAUCCUCCAAUAACAACCCUUACUACAAAAACAACAACAACAACAAUAACAACAAAAACAGCAACAUCAAACACUCAUAUCUCCUAUCCUCCUUCUCCUCCUCCUCCCGCCUUCAUCAUCCCAGUCAUAGCUGCUGUGGUUUCUCUGGUCCUUGUGGUUUUGGUUCUGGUUGUAGUCCAGCUUCUAUGGAAGAAACACAAAGGAACGAACCAACCAUCUCCUUCUACUGAUGAUGUCAUCUACAAUGAUGUCACCAUUAGAGAGUCAACCAAUAAGAUGCCAGUCAGCCAAUCAGAAGUUGUUUACUCCAGUCUGAGGACAAACACCACAGGUGUUCCAACAGAUGAUGAAACUGAACACAGAGCUGCAGACCUCCAGUAGACCUCCUGUGGACCUCCUGUGGGCCUCC